CAACUCGUGACGCUUUCAAUCGGUAAUCGUCCCGUGAUCGGAUCCCAGUGGAGCAAUCGUCUCGAUACAGCAGCAUAUAUAGUCUCAGCAAUGGGACACAGGCCUCAAUCCCUCUCCACUACUCCACCACGCCGCAUCUCCCAGCAGCAACACCCACACCACCAACACAAUGCCUCGCACAUAUCUUAAGAAAGCCACUCCCCCCGUGAAGCCUGCCAGCGGCUCCGCGGCCGACGUGCCUACUAUCGUCAAAGGCGCCAUCGACACCAUCCGCGCCGAGGGCGAUGCCGCCGUGCGCCGCUACAGCGAAAAGUUCGACAAGUGGACGCCGCAGUCGUUCAAGCUGUCCGAGUCGGAGAUCCAAUAUGCCAUCUCCCAGGUGCCUGCCCAGGUCAUCGAGGACAUCAAGACGGUCCAGUCCAACGUCCGCAAGUUUGCUGUUGCGCAGAAGGACUCGAUCAAGGACUUUGAGCUGGAGAUGGCCCCGGGCGUCAUCCUGGGACAGCGAAACAACCCGAUUGAGUCGGUCGGCGCAUACAUUCCUGGAGGCCGAUACGCUCUGCUCGCCUCGGCGCACAUGACCAUUCUCACGGCCAAGGUCGCCGGAGUCCCGAAUGUCAUCGGCUGCACCCCUCCCGCGGCCGGCAAGAUCCCCAACGCCACCGUCGCCGCCAUGCAUCUCGCUGGCGCCGACGAGAUCUUCAUCCUUGGUGGUAUCCAGGCCGUGGCCGCCAUGGCCGUGGGCACCGAGACCAUCCGCAAGGUUGACUUCAUCGCCGGGCCUGGAAAUGCCUUUGUGGCCGAGGCGAAACGGCAACUAUAUGGCGAGAUUGGCAUUGAUCUCUUCGCCGGGCCUACGGAGGUGCUGCUCGUCGCCGACGAGACGGCGGACCCUUUCAUGUGCGCCACGGAUCUACUCUCGCAGGCCGAGCAUGGCCCAGACAGCCCUGCCAUCCUCAUCACCACAUCUGCAGAGGUCGGAAAGAAGACCAUCGAGCUCUGCGGAGAGCUUCUCAAGACCCUGGUGACGGCCCCCAUCGCAAGUGUUUCUUGGGGAGACCUCGGAGAGGUGAUCGUGGCCGAUUCCAUUGAUGAAGCUUACAAGAUCGCCGACGAGUUCGCGUCCGAGCAUGUUCAAAUUCUCACAAAGAACCCCAGGGACGCGCUGGAGAAGAUGCAGCACUACGGUGCUUUGUUCUUGGGUCCCAUGACUUGCGUAUCAUAUGGUGACAAGUGCAUCGGAACCAACCACGUUCUACCCACUCGCGGCGCUUCUAGAUACACCGGUGGACUGUGGGUAGGCAAGUUCCUCAGGACAGUCACCUACCAAGAGGUUCGCAAUGGCGAGGAGUCCGGAAAGCUGGGUCAUCUGUGUGGCCGCGCUGCCAGGGUGGAACAGUUUGAAGGCCAUGCGCGAUCGGGAGAUUUGCGCGCGAAUAUGUACUUGAAUGAUGGGUUCGACUGGAUAACCAAGGGUCGGGAGAGUAAGGCAUCUUCCAAGAUCUAAUAAUCUUCAGUACUUAGUAUAGAUUUCUAGAAUGUAGAUUGGUCGGGCAUAAUUUAAC